UUGGUUUAUUAUUCAUCAUGUGUUUAUGGUCAACAAUUUUCAUUGUAAUAGUGGAUGUUCAUCAAUUGAAUUCAUCAGAUUUUGGCCGUAUUGUUGAUCAUCCACAUCGUGAUGGAUCAAAGUCCAAACAAAUUGUCAUGAAUAAUGGCCAUUGUUUACCAUUGGUUGCAUUUGGUACAUGGCAAUUGGGCAAUAAUAGUGUUGUGAAACGAGCCAUAAAAUCGGCUAUAACCAAUGGUUAUAGAUUGAUUGAUACAGCAGAUAUUUAUGGUAAUGAACAAAUGAUUGGUGAUAUUCUACAAGAAUUAUUCAAAGAAGGAAUCAUAAAUCGUGAUGAUUUAUUCAUAACAACAAAAGUUUGGUGUAAUCAUUUUUCCAAAUCAAGUGUCAUCAAAAGUAUACAACAAUCGAUGCAAAAAUUAAAAGUUUCCUAUAUAGAUCUAGUGUUGUUACAUUAUCCAACUGGUUUCAAAGAAAAUGAUGAUCAAGAUAAAUAUCCAAAAUUUAAAAAUGGUUCCAUUAUACCACGAACAUGGAAAAAAGAUUCAUAUUUAGAAACAUGGGAAUCAAUGGAACAAGCCAUACGUAAUAAUUAUACACAUUCAAUUGGUGUAUCAAAUUUUAAUCGUAGACAAAUAAAAACAUUACUUUCAAAAGCAACAAUAAAACCGGUUAUUAAUCAGGUUGAAAGUCAUCCAAAUUUGAAACAAAAAUUAUUAUUAAAAUAUUUGCUUGAAAAUCAGAUUAUAAUGCAAGCAUAUGCACCAAUAAGACGUGCAGAUAAAGAAUUAUUAAAUGAUCCACGAUUGAUCGCAAUUGGUGAAAAUCAUAAUAAAACUAGUGCACAUAUUGCAUUACGUUGGCAAUUACAACGUUCAGUACCGAUUGUUGUGAAAAGUUCAAAUCCAAAACGAAUAAAAUCCAAUAUACAAUUAUUUGAUUUUCAAUUAACCAAUGAUGAAAUGAAACAAAUUGAUAUGAUUGAUGAAAAACAACGUAUAUAUGAUAUAAAUGGACUAACUAAUCAUCCAGAUUAUCCAUUCAAUGAAGAAUAAAAUGAAAUGAAAAUUGAAAAAAAAAAUCCACAAGAAUAAAUGUUUGUCUUGUAUACAUAAUUUUUCAAUUAUAUUGGACAAAUAUUUGCUUAAAAAAAAACAGCAGCAACAGCAAAAAUCAUUGAAUCAAAUUGACCUUAACUUAUUUUAUUCGAUUUGGUCAGUUUUUUUGUAAUUUUUAUUCUGGUAACCACGCACACCAACACAAUGACCAUCAUUUUUUUUGUUUUGUUUUGUUUCCAAACAUAAUUCCAUAAAUGUCCAUUUGUCAUUUAAAUACUAAUGAUAAUAAUAAUAAAAAAAUUUCUGGCCAAUUAUAA